AACUAAUUGGGGGGUGUUUGGAUUCCUUUUUUAAGCUUCUGUACUUCCUUUUGCCGAGCCCUAGUUUUAGGCGAAGAAACCCAAAACGCGACAGGGAGAUAUGUCGUUCCUAUGGGAGAAGAGCUCGUCGUGGCGAUGGAUAGUGAGGCAGACGAGAGAUUCAAAGCCAUUUUUCUUCGCCUUUGCGACUGUAUGCGGCGUGGUCCCCGGUGCCAUCGGCUAUUGUGUGAUGCAGCUCACCAAUUCAAGCAAUGAACAGCUCGAGUCCGAACUCCGCCGCAACGCUCGCCCGGAUACCCUUAUGAUGGGAAAAGUGAAUAAAGAGAGACUUGGGGAAUACCUUGGGGAAUUGCAGAGGAAGGAAGAUACAAACGAUAGAUAUGUUGCUGCUUUGAAGGGAGAGACUUUAACCAGAAAACCAUACGUCAGAAUUCAACCAACCACCACCACCACCACACCACAUGUUUAAAAGCUUUUAUCACAUCACAUCAUAUUAUCAUCAUUAUUAGUAUUAUAUUAUCUCAUUUUCCCAACUUUAUGGCUUAAUGCUCAUCCGUUGGCUUUGCAUUAACAGAAUUCAUGACUUGAUGUUCCCAUGUUUCAUAAGCUUGUUAUAUAUUGUGACUAAUUAACUUCAA